AUGAAAGGACCAUUAGACAAAUGCCGUAAGAUCCUUGCAAAGUCUGACCGUGAUUCGGACCAAGAUUUAAUAAAAUGGUUGACAUCAUUUCGCCUCCAAGACAAUCUUUUACCAAGCCUUUGUCGAAUCGCAUACGAGGAGAGGCAAUCACCCCAUAUGAAAGAACUGGCCACAAAGUCACAUAGCAAGGAUUCCAGCAACGUAGACUCCAGCGCUAAAAAUUUCGAACGAUUGCGGCAUUACAUCGGACGAAUCGGCUCAUAUAUGAGAGCAUCGAAGAUAUUCGUCGCGGCCGCAACCAGGUUUCCCGAGCUCUUCGCCAACGUUGAGGUCCAAUGCCUCUCCUCUCCGAAACCAGCGCCGAAACCGCAGAUGGACGAAUUGAUGAAGCUUGAUAGGAUUGCCGUUCGCAUGUUACCCGCGAACGACAAGCGUUUACCAGAUAUACAGGAUGCCCUACAGUCCAUGGAUGAAAAGUUCGCCAUCUUUGAAAACUUCAGAGACAAAUACGAGGACGAUAAUUUCCAACCCCGGGUACAUGCCGAGCUCAUCCUUCUUGAGCGUUUCUACGUGCACGCAUAUCAGUUCGUCGACGGAGACAGGUAUAUUGGCUGCAGCAAGCCAGCGUGCUACUGCUGCUAUUUGUAUAUCUGCGCACAUCCAGGGGGGUUUAUCAAGCCGCCCAGUCACAGCAAGAAUUAUACCAACUGGAGUCCGCCUGAGAUUGAUCCAGUGGGCUCAGUCGACCCAGUGAAACACCGACGUGACAUCUUGAAUAGUAUGUGCAAAGAAAUACGUGAAGAUGUGUUGAGGCAGAUCCAGGAACAACGGCCACAACGUGGUGCGCACCACGAUUCGACGACGGGAAUUACAUACCAGGAUUGGGUACAGUAA